AGAUGUUGGCUCUUAAAUAGACUUGAUGGGGGGCGUGUGUUCACCACACAUCAUCUUCUUCAUCUUCUUAUUCUUCUUCAUUAUUUUUUCAUCUUCUUUCAUUUUCUAAAGCCAUUACUAUUUUCUCUGUUAAUUUCUUCCAUGUCGACGUUGAACCUGCAGAGCGCGUCCCUAAACAGCUGCACCGCCGCCAAGUUCCCUCUCCCACCCCACGACCACAUAGAAAUAAUCGAAUCUCAGCCCUUCGACUACUCCAAACGCGCCCAAUGGCUACGCGCCGCCGUCCUCGGCGCCAAUGACGGCCUCGUCUCCACCGCCUCCCUCAUGAUGGGCGUCGGCGCCGUCAAGCCCGACGUCAAGGCCAUGAUCCUCACCGGGUUCGCAGGGCUUGUCGCCGGCGCCUGCAGCAUGGCCAUCGGUGAGUUCGUCUCUGUCUACUCUCAGCUGGACAUAGAGAGAGCCCACAUCAAAAGAAACCAACAUCAGCUGAAACAGGAGGAGCCACACAAUCUGCCAAACCCUCUUCAGGCCGCCGCAGCCUCGGCGCUGGCCUUCUCCAUGGGGGCCAUGGUGCCCCUCUUGGCGGCCGCCUUCAUAAAGGAGUACAGGGUUAGGCUAGGGGCGGUGGUGGCCGCCGUCACCGUGGCGCUCGUGGGGUUCGGGUGGUUGGGGGCGACGCUCGGGAACGCGCCGGCGGUGCGGUCGUCGGCCAGGGUUUUGAUCGGAGGGUGGGUGGCCAUGGCUGUGACGUUUGGAUUGACCAAGUUGAUCGGGUCUAGUGGCCUAUAAGAAUAUAUAAAAAUGUUUAUCUAUCAAUCCUAUCGACUUAAAAAUUUGAGUAGCUACUUAUCUAUUAAAUACGAAAUUGACCAAUAAAAAUAUGUAACCCUAAAAAGUUAGCAGGAGCGGUAAACAAGUAUUGUUUGUAAGAAUAUUACUGUGAAGUUUAAUGUGAUAGGUCGUUUAGGGUUUGAAAUAAUUAAGGUGUGGGUUGUUGUUAAUGGGAUUUGAUAUAUAUUUGACUUUUUUUUAGUUCGAAGA